AUGGAGCGUGCCAAGAACAAGCGGGCGUCGCGUCGAUCCCAGAGUACAAGGAUUGUGAAUGAAGUAAAUCAGCUUGUACAGUCAGGCCAGUUCGAGCUUUCGACGCUUCACGUCCUCCACAGCCGGUUAAAGGCGGUCCAGACGGAGUUAGCUGCGCUGAACGCCGAGUUGGAAACCUUCCUGACAUACGAGCAGGUGGCAGAAGACUACGAUUCCGUCAUGGAAUAUGAAGACGCUGCUACCAGCGCUUUGGCCCUGCUCGAACACCACAUGAACAGGCUCAAGGUCUCCUCACCGGCUUCGACGGCGCAUCCGCCUGCAACCACUACUGGGGAGGACCCACCAGCGACCUCUGAGAGGGAACCGACGCGACCUCGACGUGAGUUUGGUGCACGAUUGCCCAAGUUAGAACUUUUGCGCUUUGACGGCAGUUUUACUCGAUGGCAGCCGUUUUGGGACAUGUUCCGGCACUCCGUGCACGAUAACCCGAGCUUGUCCAACACGGAUCGGUUCCACUAUCUUGUGUCGUUACUCGACGGAGCCGCUGCUCAAGCCGUCGCCGGAAUUCAGGUCACAGAUUCAUCUUACCGCGACGCACUUGAAAUAUUAAAACAAAGAUUUGGGAACGCGAAGCUAAUCGAGCACAAGCACCUGGAGAGGCUCCGCACACUAAAACCCGUCAGGUCGUCGAGCGACGUAUCAGCCUUGCGGAAGCUGUACGACGAAGUACAAGCGAACCAGAGAGGACUCGCGAACCUUGGAGUUAGCGCUAUGUCAUACGCAGCCAUGCUGAGCGAGGUAAUGCUGAAAGCUAUCCCUGCUGACAUUGUAGUUGACUACUAUAAAAGGGAGAGCCUGGAGUCGGACACAGUUUCGACUGCCGCCAACAGUCCAGAGUCUUCGGAACAAGAGAUGGAGCGUUUGCUGAAGUUUCUUCGAAUAGAAGUGGAAUGCCGAGAGAGAAGCGCACAAAUCACGGCUCCACAGUUGAUGGAGACUCGUACCCACGAUAGCCAGAGCUCCCGGAAGAUAGCGCCACCUCCAUUGGCCGCGGAAGCGAGUGAGGCGUACAUGGUUGGCUUCUUUGAGGACAUCGACGUGUGCGCCAUCCAUGCCAAGCGCGUGACCAUCAUGUCCAAGGACAUCUGGCUGUGGGCACUGCACGACAGUGAACCGGCCAUUGCCCCUCCUCGCAGAACACCCGAGGAAGUGUCGUAUGCCAACAUGAAAGUUCGCAACAACGUCUAUUUUGUCUGGGUCAGGGCGAACACCCUCGUGACUUACGUCGUGGCCUAG